UAAAUAAAAAUCCGUGAAAGUGACGUUCAGUGUCAUAUUCCGAAACGCAACUGUCAUUAUUAUUAGUGGGAUAAAAAAUGUUGCAAAAGGAUGAUUGCUUUUAAAUUCCUCAACGGACUAAGAGCAGCGGUGGUCUCCAGAGUUAUCACGAGAAACAAAGGCUCAGCUUCUGAUCCUGUUCAGCAGCUAUUCGUUGACAAGAUACGAGAAUAUAGGCAGAAGAGUGCUGAUGGAAAAUUCGUGGACCCUAGCCCAGCUAUUUUGAAAGAAUUGAAGGCAGAACUUGGGAAACUUGAGAAGCACUACGGCGGUGGGCCCGGGGUCGACAUGACGGCGUUCCCUGAUAUCAAGUUUGGGGAGCCCAAGCUUGAUCCUAUUGAUGAAGUGAUCCCUGAAAAACCCUCUGCCAGAGGUAAGAAGAAGAAAAAGAAGCCUAAGAAGAAGUGAUUGCUUCGACGAUAUCGGCUUUGUAAACAUAGACUUGUUAUGUGUAGUUUUAUUGUCAACGGAUUUGCA